UUUUGACAACGAGGAAGGAGUUGGUCUCCUACUUCCGUUUGAAUUCCGACAAAAUGCAAUUAGCUGUUGUGUUUGAAGGACUUGAUCAUGUCGAAAUCUGCCACGGGAAGUGACGUAUUACAUCCGACCAAUGACAGGCGAGGAGACAGAAUGGUUUACAGGCCUGACCUAUCCAUUCCUUCGUCUCAACGUGCCGUCAACUACUGGCCCAGAUUACACAUCAUCUGGAGUUCUUCUGCUUCAAGUGAUAGUAGGCGAGGUCUUGAUCCAACACUGGAGUAAUAGAACCUUCACCUUUGACCUGAGGUCACAGAAAAUGCCAUUCCCUCCUUACAUCAAAGAUCCGAUCAUCAUGGUUCUCGACACUACCUUCCCGCUUCUCCUCAUGCUCUCCUUCAUCCUCAGUGUCGUCGCCAACACCAAGAGUAUCGUCUAUGAAAAGGAACACAAGCUCAAGGAAUCCAUGAAGCUGAUGGGGCUGAUACCCGCCGCCCACUGGGUCUCCUGGUUCAUUACCUGCUACGUCUACCUUGCCGUUGCCAUGGCGAUCUACGCUGUGUUAUUUGGAGUCAACAUCAUCAAAAGCAAGGGAGCGGUUCUCACCCACAGCAACCCAGAGUUGUUCUUUCUCUUCCUCCUUCUGUAUGCUGCUGCCAUCGUGUCCUUCUGCUUCAUGGUCAGCGUGCUGGUGCAGAAAGCCAACGUGGCCUCAGCCCUGGCAGGGAUGCUGUUCUUCGCCUUUUAUUUCCCAAAUUUCUUCUUGGCCUCUCGUUACCAGGACAUGACAAAAUCUGAGAAAAUUGGGGCUUGCUUUUUGUUUAACAUGGCUAUGUCCUUCGGCCAAGUCUUUUCCCUUUCCGAAGGCACAGGGGAAGGGGCCAGAUGGGACAACUUUUACAAACCUGCCUCCGUCGAUGACGACUUUUGCUUGCUGGAUGCCAUGGUGAUGCUGCUGGCAGACACGUUCAUCCACCUGCUGAUCACGUGGUACAUAGAGAAAUGUGCGACCUGGUAACUUCGGGUGCCCAGACCUUUCUACUUUCCCUUCACCAGCUCAUACUGGUGUGGAUCGAAGCCCACCAAGAGCGAAAUGUACGAGUCACGCAAGGGAGAGGAAGAUAAACACUUCGAGAGAGAACCAACCGACUUCGAGGCCUGCAUCAGAAUCUGCAACCUUACAAAGAAAUACAGCAAAAACAAGGUAGCCGUCGAGUCCAUGAACCUUACAAUGUACAAAGGUCAAAUAACGGUUUUACUGGGUCACAACGGAGCGGGCAAAACAACGACGAUGUCUAUGCUGACAGGUUUUGAAACACCCUCCUCCGGCACCGCCUACAUCAACGCUGACAUCAGGACUGACAUGAAGGGCAUCCGACAGAGUCUGGGGCUGUGUCCUCAGCACAACAUCCUCUUUGGCACUCUCACUGUCCAAGAACACCUGACAUUCUUCGCUAGGCUCAAGGGAUGUCCAAGGAAAGAUGUCCAACAAGAAGUCGAGAGAACCAUCAAAGAAGUGGGGCUGGAGGCCAAGGUGGACGCCAGAGCCGCCACGCUGUCGGGGGGACAGAAGCGAAAACUGUCGGUCGGCAUUGCCCUCAUCAACGGUUCGAGAGUUGUCAUCCUUGACGAGCCGACUUCCGGUAUGGAUCCCGCUGCACGCCGUCAGACCUGGGAUGUGCUGAAAGGCCGCUGCAUGCUGCUGACUACUCACUACAUGGACGAGGCUGACGUGCUUGGGGACAGAAUCGCCAUCAUGGCAGAGGGCGUGGUCAAAUGCUGUGGCUCCUCCCUUUUUCUCAAAAAGCUCUACGGUGCCGGCUACCAUCUGGUGCUGGUCAAAGCGGCCGAUUGUAAGGUGUCCAAGAUCACGGAGAUCAUUCAGUCCUUUCUUCCCUCCGCACGCUUCGAAAGCGAGGUCAAUAUGGAGUUGUCCUACCUGCUACCUGCUGACCACUCACAUGUAUUUCCGACUCUCUUCACAUUGCUGGAGGACCGGAAAGAAGAGUUACGGAUAUUGAGUUUCGGGGCCACUGCCACAACGAUGGAGGAAGUUUUCCUUCGGGUGGGGCAGAGCGCCGUCACAGAAGAGGGGACGAUCGUGAACAAACCUCAGAGCCACGGAGGACACACCAACCCCGCCUUCCUGUCGGACCAGACCGUGACUGACAAGGGGGAACAUUUACACUUCCAGACGAUGAGCGAAGAUGCGGAAAACGCUGCCUCGGAUAUUCUCGAUUUCACUCGAGGUUACACCAAGGCCCACGGGAGGGCGCUACAGUUAGCUCGACUGAAAGCCCUGCUGGUGAAGAAAGCCAUCCAUUUCUGGAGGAACCGCAUCAUCACCAUCGCUCAGCUUCUUCUUCCAGUCGUCUUCACCAUCCUUGCCCUCUCCAUCGAAAAGGCCAAGUCCGUGACCAUCUCCCACCCUCCACUUGAAUGGUCGCUGGAUCGCUUCUCGGGAACACACAUCCUUUACUGUUCAAGGUGCGGUGACAACGUGUCUGAAGCCCUGGCCACGGCGUACGAGACUCAGUUCGAUGCCAGUCAGACAGUGGAGCGCAUGUUUCUAGACUCCAGCAUCAAUCUCACCUCGUUUCUGUUGGACCGAGAGGAGCUCGUGGGAAUCGCAAGCUUCAACAAGAAGAUUAUCGUCGGCGCUGACUUUGCGCCCUCGUCAGCAGCAGAUGUAAUGGCUGUGGCCCUGUACAACGGACAACCCUACCACUCCAAGCCCACGGCAGUCCACUACGUCCUCAACGCCCUCGUCAGGACGUUCGUGGGUGAAGGUUACAAGGUCAAGGCCGGGAUUCAUCCGCUGCCAGCGAGCCAGGAGGUCGAGGCCAAGCAGUCCACCCGCACGACCUCGCAGUCAGGCUUCAGCAUCGGACUCGUCCUGUCCUUCGGGAUGGCGUUCUUAACGACGAUGUUCAUCUACUUUCUUAUUGUGGAACGCACGUGCGGCGCGAAGCAUCUGCAGGUGAUGAGUGGUGUGAGGCCUGUACUGUACUGGCUGUCCAACCUCCUGUGGGACUACACCAACUACCUGCUGGCGUGUCUGGCUGUCGUCGCCGUCUUCGCAGGUUUCGCCAUCGAGGUGUACGUGGGCGACAACCGGCUUGGGUUGAUUUUUCUGAUUCUGGUUCUGUACGGGUGGGCCGUCCUGCCUCUCAUGUACCUCGCGCACUUCUUCUUCAGCUCUGGUGCCACUGGCGUGGUGGUCGUCAUCGUCUUCAACAUCUUCUGUGGGCGUGGUCUACUUCUGCCUGACGCUGCUGGUGGAGCACCGAGUGCUGCAGGGCAUUGGGAAUGCAUGCAGUGUGGGUACUCGCAUCGUCUAUCGUCCGUCGACAACCAGCGGCAGUCCUCGUUCCUGACGGGGUCGGCGACGGAGGACAACGACGUGGCGAAAGAACGCCGCCGCAUCAACGCCUCCCCCGCCUCGGUGCUGUCGCAGAAGGACUCGCUCCUGUUGGUCAACCUGUACAAAACCUUUCGCAACUUCGCGGCCGUUGACCACGUGUGUUUAGGUGUCCCCGAGCACGAGUGUUUCGGUCUCUUGGGGCAGAACGGUGCAGGCAAGACCACCAUCUUCAAGAUGUUGACGGGGGAUGUCAAGAUGACAGGAGGCAACGGGUAUUUAAAGGGGUACGACAUCAAAGGCUCCCUGAAAAAGGUGCAGACAAACAUGGGUUAUUGCCCGCAGUUUGACGCAGUCCUGAACCAGAUGACUGGGCGAGAGACACUGACCAUGUAUGCCAGACUGAGGGGCGUUCCCGAGAAAAGCAUAAGGACUGUGGUCAACAGUCUGAUUGACAUCUUGAUGCUCCGCCCUCACGCCGACAAACUCACUGGACACUACAGUGGAGGAAACAAGCGAAAGUUAAGCACCGCCAUUGCGCUGAUCGGAGACCCUCCGUUUUUGAUGCUGGACGAACCGUCAUCUGGCAUGGACCCUGGCGCCCGUCGCCAACUGUGGACAGUCCUGUCCAAGGUGAGAGCCAGCGGCAGGACUUUGGUUCUCACAUCACACAGCAUGGAGGAGUGUGACGCGCUGUGUACAAGGAUAGCAAUCAUGGUCAACGGCAACUUCCUGUGUCUGGGAUCUCCUCAACAUCUCAAAUCCAAGUUCGGCCAGGGCUACUCGCUUGUUGCCCAGAUGGCGGUGCAGUCCCACGGCGUGCCCACCGACUACGCCCCUUUGGUGUCUUACUUGCAGGCGUGUUGUCCAAACGCCCGGGUGUUUGAUUGUCACCAGGGUUACGUGCACAUGCAGGUGCCGGACCCCUGGGUCAAACUGGCUGACGUGUUUUCUUGGAUGGAGCACUCCAAGAUCUACUUAGGUGUGCAGGACUACAGCGUCCACCAGACGACACUUGAACAAAUUUUCCUCGCUUUUACAAGAGCUCAAGUUCCUCCCAGAAAGAAAAAGAAGAAGAAGUGCUCCAAGAGGAAUUGCUGCUGUUUAUGUUGCUGUUGUUGAUGGCGACGACGAGGAAGCUGUCUCCCUCCUCCCACAACUCUGAAGGUUACAUGUAUAGUGACAAUGUCCUUUCACACAGUGUCUUUGCAUUGAAGGAGUCACUACAAAAGGAACAGGAUAUGUGACUUAUUCUUGGGAGGAGGGUAUUCCCCAUGCAGGAUCCUAGGACAUGUCCGAAAGUUAGUUGGGGAAACGGGUACAGAUGGUUCAGUUGUACAAGCUGAACACACAGCGUGAGGUUUACCAUGCAGCAAGAGGUACUCUGCUGUAGAGGUGUCCUGUUUGUGUUUCUUCCAUUGGAGUGGAAGGAGGUCUUAAAGACUUGGUAUGGACACAUUCCACUCACUAAAUAUUUCUGCAAGCACAGCACAAACCAAUAACAUCUAGUGAAUUUGCAAUGGUAACCAUUAGCAGUCAGCCAAGACAAAAUGCCAAGUGCACAACUGUAUUGGAAAGAGCCUUUGUAAUCAUAAUAAAUCUGAAGAACACUGCAGAGGAAACAAGUUGUGCCUUUUCAGUGGACAAAACUGACACCUGAAGUCUGUGUUCUCCCUAUUUUUCCUGAAAAAAAUCAAGAUGCAAGAUUUCUUGUUUACAGGCCUAGCAUCACAGCUUCUCUCUUUUCUUUAAACCGAGCAGCUGCAAGGAUUAUUUUUGCACGUGCAGAAUUGACAUAUUUUUGAAAGUCAGGAAGAUUAUUGAUUAUCGUGUCUAAUUUAAUGAAUUCUAAAUGAAUAUGUGAACUUAUUUGCAAACCGCCAAUGAUCAGGACAUGAUGAGCUGUACAUUCAUUGUUAAUACUCACCAUUUGUGUCUCACACUCUAUAUUUUUAAGCUGUAAUUUCAUGUCACGUAUCGACAGUCGAUGGCUUUAUUAUCUAAAGGUACUGAAUUAUACUUGUUAAUAAGAUGAAAGAUUGAUGAAAGUUGAAUAAUCAAUGAAUUUGUCACAACCAGUUCAAUGUGCACUAAUUUCGCAAGAACAGACACAACACUACACACCAGACAAUGUUAGACUUGCACAUACAGCCAAACAG